UGUAUAUGCUUGCUUGAAAUUGUACCAACUUGUCUAUUUGUUUAAGAUUCUUUUUCAUAGGAAGAGAGGGCAAAUUCCCAAGUUUGGCUUAAGCAUUGGAAUAAUCUUUUUCUUCCCACUCCACAACGUUCAACUCUCUUCCACUCUUGCACACUGAAGCACCGCAGGCCCUAGCUUGUAUAGCGAGAUGGACAAUGAAGAAACUUAUAAAGCUCAUGUAGUAGUGCUAGCUUAUCACGGACAGGGCCACAUAAAUCCCAUGGUUCAAUUUUCUAAACGUUUGGCUGCAAAAGGGAUCAAAGUUACGGUAACCACUACUCUCUCAAACACCAAGGCCAUGAAAUCUGCCUAUGGUCCGAUCAAGUUUGAAACGAUAUACGAUGAUUGCACAGAAGGCGGGGUGGCUGGACCUGGUGGAUUCAAAGGCUUUCUUGAUAGAUUUGAGGCCAUUGGUUCAAGAAACUUGGUAGAAUUCAUCAGCAAGUUUCAAGAUUCUGAGAAGCCUGUGAAAUGUCUGGUUUAUGAUGCCAACAUACCGUGGGCCUCAAAUGUGGCGACUGAGCUGGGAAUUGCCAGGGCUGCCUUCUUUACACAGUCUUGUGCUUUUGUUACUACUUGCUACCCAAUGCAUUGCGACUUGUCGGGAAAGCCUCCAUCGGUCCCUCUUCUAUCAAUGCCCGGAUUGCCUGAGCUUCGGGUUCCAAAUCUGCCUUCAUUAGGUCCUGAGACAGGUAGAUAUCCUCCUAUAAUUCGGCUCAUUUUGAGUCAAUUCGACAACAGUGAGAAAGCGGAUUGGGUACUCUUCAACUCUUUCGCAAAGUUGGAAGAGGAGGUAAUCAAUUGGAUGUCCAGACUCUGGCCUCUGAAGACAAUCGGACCAACACUACCUUCAGUUUAUGUAGACAACCGGUUAAAAGAUGACAAUGAUUAUGGCUUCAACAUCUACACCCCAAACACUGACACCUGCAUGAAAUGGCUCGACUCCAAGGAGACACGAUCAGUCAUUUACAUUUCAUUUGGCAGUGCUGCGAGUUUAAGCGCAGAACAAACAACAGAACUAGCCAACGCCCUCUUGCAUGGUAACAAGAGCUUCUUGUGGGUGGUGAAACCAUCCGAGGAAAGUAAGCUGCCUACCAAUUUUUCAAAGGGAAAUCCAGACAAAGGAUUAGUAGUGAAAUGGUGUCCUCAGUUGGCAGUUUUAGCUCAUGGUGCAGUUGGGUGUUUUGUGUCUCAUUGUGGUUGGAAUUCCACAAUGGAAGCAAUAAGCCUGGGAGUGCCUUUGGUGGCAAUGCCUCAGUUUCUAGACCAGAUGACUAAUGCACAUUUCGUGGAGCAUGUCUGGCAGGUGGGGAUCAAACCUAAGACAGACGAGAACGGAGUAGCCUCGUGUGAGGAAAUAGAGACGUGCAUUGACGAAAUCAUGCAAGGGGAAAGAGGACGAGAGAUCAAGAAGAAUGCAGCUCGUUGGAGGGCGUCGGCCAAGGAGGCGAUUGAUGAAGGGGGGAGUUCUGAUAAGUGCAUUGAUGAUAUAAUUGCUCAGCUGAGCAGCUGCUAGGCCUAGUAGAGCAUUGUUUUUGCAGCAAUUGGUAAGCCAUAAAAUGAUAGCAACACUCUACUUUAAUGUGGUUCAUCCAUAUAUAGCUAAUUGACAAUAUUGCUUGUUCGUUGUACGUUUUCAUCAAAUGAAAGAGCAAUCUUAAUUUCAAUAAAAAUCUUGUUAUUUCAAUCAUGAGUCA